AUGGAUUCCCGUACACACUCGCUUUCAACGGUCUGCCGAUUUUGUCUCUGCCGGGAUGAGGAUAAAUUGAUUCCUCUGUCGAUACUAACCGAUAAAUCACUUACCCUGCAGGAUAUGGAACUGUUCACCGGUAUUCAGAAUCUAAAUGAUCAUCCUUACCUCUAUAUGGUGUGCGAAGAGUGCGACAGUACGGUGAAUAAGUUUGUUGCCUUUCGUGCGCUCUGCGCUAAGACCGAUGAUUACUUCCGGAAGCUCGUUACGGAAGCACUUGCAGAAAAUUACGAAACGCAGGCUCCUCCUAACGAGACCGCCAUUGUGGGUGAAACGGAGGUACACCAUAAUCAGCUGGAAGAGAGUGAAACUGUAACAAACCUACGUGCUGCAGCCAAAGAAGGCAAGCAGACCGUGGCAGAGGAUGCGAGCAAGAAGCUUUGCGACAUAUGCGGUGCCUUUGUAGCGGAGUUGAACGGGCACCGGCGUGUCCACACGAAGGAAGCACCGUACGCCUGCGACUACUGUAGCAUUAGGAUGACACACAAGUCCAAUCUGCUGCGGCACAUCGACUCGGUACACCUGAAGCGCAUCAUCAAGCGCUGCGAGCAGUGCGACAAGGGGUUCACCAGCUACUUUUCCUACGGUUCACACAUGCGCUCUCAUCAUUCGACGGAGAAGAAGUACGAGUGUAAAACGUGCUGCAAAAAGUUCAACCACCACAGCAGCCUGUGGCUCCACAACAUACGCACCCACCAGGACGAAAGAAAGUACAAAUGCACGACCUGCGGCCUGCCCUGGAAGACGAAAGAGUCGCUAAGGACGCAUGAACGAUCGCACUCGUCGGAGCAACCGUACGCGUGCCAGCAUUGCCCGAAGCGUUUCAAAACCCGGUACGGCUGGAAGUCGCACGAGCUGACGCACACCGGCAUCGUGUUCAGCUGCCAGCUCUGCGACAAAACCUUCCGCUACAAAACCCUCAUCAAUGCGCACAUCCGCAAGGCGCACCCGGAGGCAACGGCGACGAGCAGCUAAAGGAUGUAAGUG